AGACUCCAACUCCCAUCGGGCCCCGUGGGAGCCGGCUGACAACGAAGCCAAAACAACCAUGGCGGCGGCGAGCUGGCGGCGGUUCUGGUGUCAGCUCAAGUGUGGCUCCACGUCCCGGCAGUGAGCGUGGUGAUUUAGGUUGGAUCUCUGAAGGACUAUACUGUGGCUUCACAAUGUUUGGAGACUUAUUUGAAGAGGACUUUUCCUUUGUGUCAAAUAAUCAAUGUGGAAAAGGGAAGAAAUCAAAGUCCAAAGAUACCGGGACUCCCGCUCCAAGGGAGUUCACCAAAUUAAGUGGUAUCAAAAAUCAGGGCGGAACCUGCUACCUCAAUUCCCUUCUCCAGACUUUGCAUUUCACGCCAGAAUUUAGAGAAGCACUGUUUUCCCUAGGCCCUGAAGAACUUGGUUCUCUGGAAGAUAUCAAUAAACCUGAUGUAAAGGUUCGAAUAAUUCCAUUACAGUUACAAAGAUUAUUUGCUCAGCUUUUGCUCUUAGAUCAGCAGGCUGCAUCUACAACAGACCUCACUGAGAGCUUUGGAUGGAACAGCAAUGAGGAGAUGAGACAACAUGAUGUACAAGAGUUAAAUCGGAUUCUGUUCAGUGCUUUGGAAACUUCCCUUGUGGGGACUUCUGGCCAUGACCUUAUUAAUCGGUUGUACCAUGGGACUGUUGUUAACCAGAUUGUUUGUAAGGAGUGCAAGAAUGUCAGUGAGAGACAGGAGGAUUUUUUAGAUCUAACGGUGGCAGUCAAGGAUGUAUCUGGCUUGGAGGAGGCCCUGUGGAACAUGUAUGUGGAAGAGGAAUAUUUUGAAAAUGAUAACUUGUACCGAUGUGGAGCGUGCAACAAACUGGUUGAAGCAGCAAAGUCUGCUAAACUACGUAAGUUGCCUCCCUUUCUUACUAUCUCGCUCCUGAGGUUUAACUUUGACUUUGAGAAGUGUGAACGAUACAAGGAAACAAGCUGCUAUACGUUCCCUAUCCGGAUUAACCUCAGGCCUUUUUGUGAGCAGACUCAGUUGGAGGAUUCGGAGUACAUGUAUGAGCUCUUCUCUGUUAUUAUACACAAAGGUGGCUGCUAUGGAGGACACUACCAUGUUUAUAUCAAAGAUGUUGAUGCAUUAGGAAAUUGGCAAUUGCAAAUUUGUAGUAAGGACCCCAUCAAUGAUCUUUUUCAGGAGGAAGAAAGCAAACUGAUGACUAACGAGAAGGUUCAGAAAGAUACUGAAAAUAUCAAAGAAAUGGAGAAUCCACUGACAAUCCUGAAAGGGAUUUUAUCAGAGGAAGAAUCCAAACAAAUUCCUGUGGAUCAGUUAGGGCAGAAACUAUUGGAGAAAAAAGGAAUGUCCUGGAACAAAAAAUACAGGAAACAAUAUGGACCAAUACGAAAGUAUUUGCAGAAUCAUUCUCAGAUAUUUCAACUUAGUCCUGAUGAUAAUAAGGUUAGUCUAAAGGAGAUGUACCAUCAGCUCCAGUUUGGGUCAGAUUGCCAAGGACAAGUUCUGCAAAGCCCUUCUCAGAACAGUGAUGUCCAGUGGACUUCAGAAAGUCUAUGUACAGUGCUAAAGGACAGCGCCUCUGGUUCCCAUUGGUUUGACUUGAAUGAUUCAAAAGUCCAGCCCAUUAAGGAGAAGGAUAUUGAGAAACAAUUUCAGGGUAAAGAGAGUGCCUACAUGCUGUUUUAUCGAAAAUCCCAGUUGAAAAGACCAUCUGAAGCACAAGCAAAUCCAAGAUAUCGGGUUCCUGGCCAUCUCUUGAAUGAAAUGGAUGCUGCGAACAUUGAACUGCAGAAGAGAAGGAUGGAUUGUGACUCUGCAGACAAUAAUAUUGAUUUGCGCCUCCAUUUGGGCUCUCACUAUAAACUUUACAAUGGGGCCCUACACCCAUCACUUUCUUGGAAGGAAAGUGUGCUGGAUCUGACUACUGAUAAAAGAAAAACCCUAGGAGAUCUGCGACAAUCGAUAUUUCAGCUGUUGGAAUUUUGGGAAGGAGACAUGAUUCUCAGUACUGCAAAGUCUCUACCAGCAGGACUUCAUCUUUACCAAACACUUGAUGGAGAUGAGAUGACAUUGGGUAGCAUUGGACUUGCUGAUGGGGCAGAUGUCUUUGUGUGGAAUGGCAAGGAGGUUGGUGGUAUGGAGGUGUUACCAGGUCUUGACCAUGAACCCGUGCUUCUAAAUGUUCUUCGGUUGGCGGGCUAUAAUGAAGGAGGAAAAGGUCAGCAUUUCAUCGAAUCCCAGCAUGUCGUUCCAUGCAGUGCAGAACUGAGUACCCUGUGGAAAGCCUUAGCAUCGCCAGGAGGGAUCAUCUUAAUGAACCGUUCGGGGUCUGACAAAGAGGUGGAGAAUUGGCAAGUCGUUCCUGAAGAGGAUAUGAGGAAGACAGUCAGAAUUGUUGGCCUGGCAGAUGGAAGCUCAAUAUUAGUUUUAGAUAGCCAUGACCAAAGCUUGGUGAACGUGGCAAGUGGCAAUUUGACUGCUUUUAUGCAUGAUAUCAGCUGGCUACAAGUUAAAAAUUUCUGCCGGUUGGAAGCUGACGAGAAGCAAGUUAAAAUUACUGCAACUGUUGAAACAGUGAUGUCAGAUAUCAAAAUUAAAGCAAUACAGGAGCUGCAAUUAGGGGAGGAGCUAGUGGAUGAUAGCUGUCUCAGACCUAUUAACAGAAAUGGGAAGCUUCUCUCUCCAGUGCCUGAGGAUUAUACUGUCAAAGAAGCAGAGCUAAAGAUGGGAAGCCUGUUGGGACUGUGUCAUGGAAAAGCUCCAACUUCCACUCAGCUCUUCUUGUAUUUUCUUGUUGGGAGUGAUCUGCAGGGAGCCCCAGAGAUGGAGAUAGUAGUAGAAGAGACUGCAUCUGUGAGAGAGUGUCUAAAUGUAAUGCUGAAGAAAUCUGGGUUACCAGGUGACAACUGGCAUUUGAGAAGAAUCGAUUGGUGCUAUGAAGCUGGAGAAGCAUUAAGCGAGGAAGGUGCCAGACUGAAGGAGCUUAAUGUCUGCAGUGGAGAUACUUUGGUCAUAACUGAAGGGAAACUGCCACCCAAGGGAUUCCUGAAAGUGCCCAUCUGGUGGUACAAGCCUUUGAUGCAUUUUGGACAGCAAGAGAGCAUGCAGGAUCAAGUGAACUGCAUGAUGGGGACAUUGCGAGUAUCUCCAGCAGGAGAUUCCCCAACAUAUGUUCAGUCAGACAUCGGGCUUUGUUAUGCAGGCGAUGUGGAAAUCUCUGGAGAAGCUUUUCUGGAGGAUCUGAAAAUUCAGGCCAUGACCUUGCCCUUCUUCCAGGAGCUCAGUGUCCCAUCACCCGAGUUUCUCAGAGCCUGGACAUUGGAAAGUAAGCGCCCAGGCAAGCUUUUACGAAACAACCAGCAACAACUCAAUGAAUAUAAACUGGGAGGCAGAACAGAAAUCUGUAUAGAGCCUUUACAGAAGGAAGAGAAUCUGGGCCCCAGUGACUUGCUGCUUCGGGUGCAGAUGGGCAUACCCGGGGAGAGGGAUUACUACCACUCUGUGGAUUUGGUGUGGGAUAUCUCCAAAGAAUGCACAGCAUGGGCACUGAGGCAUAGACUUGCUGCUCACUAUUCUCUCCCUGUGGAGAAAAUCGAAAUUGCAAAAUACUUCCCUGAGAAGUUUGAGUGGAUGACAAUCUCCAGCUGGACCCAGCAAAUUUCAAAGAGGAAACGGAAGAAAAAACAGGAGAGUUUGCAGUCAGCACCCUUUCACCUGAAAGAUGGAGACAUUAUCGGUGUAAAGAAUCUCCUACUUGAGGAUGGUAAGGACUUCAGUACUGUGAGAGAUGAUAUUGGGAAGGAGACACAGAGGCAGCUUGCAAUGGAAAAAAAGAAAAGCCGACAAGCGCAGCGUUUACAGAACGAUGUUUUCUCUGAGGGAAAAGUGGCUACUAAGCAUCGUAAACCAGAAGUGGCUCUUUCCAUCAAUGUGGGAAUCUUCAGAUAGCAUUGGACAGGUGACUUGCUGAGUGACCCUUGCCAAUGAUGUACUGAAUUAGAAUGGAAUACCUCAACUGGACCGGCAGAGGGAUGGUCUUCUCAGAAAUGUCCUCCUGACUCUCUGCUGAGACAACUGCUGUAGGAUUCAGGACAGCUCUGGAUUUCCUGUAAUCUAUAUUGGUGAAGUGCUUUAGCAUUCCUUUAUCAAUGUGGAACUUACUCUCAGGCUAGAUAAAUGCACUUUAUCAAUGAGAAAAUGGAUUACUAUAGUACAUAAUCUUUCAGUGACUAUUUUGUAAUAAUCAUAUAUGUAUUUUUAUCUGACAUUGCUAUCCUAUACCAUCACUACAAAGCUAUUUUUUCAUGCAGGCAUGUAACUUCUAAAAGGAAUUGUUUGACUCUUUUGACUUCUGAAAUUAUUAGAUCUUAGGUUUUGUUCACAUGCCUGGUUGAUAAAUCUGAGCUUUAUAACAGUUUAAAUCAAAAUUGGGUUCAUGCUCCCACCCCCUCUCUCUGCAGCCAUUUUGUUGAUCUAUUUUUUUUCUGCAGCAUUGGUAAUUCCAGCCCAACAGCAAACUAAUAGUUUUCUAUCUGAGCCCUGCAGAAGUGACUGAUUUAAACAGUGUGUGUGACAUUUCAGUACUUGCCUCUUCUGUUAUGUUAAAUCUUUCCAUUGUGCAACAAGUCCAAACUCUACUCCUUGCCAUAUAAUGAAGCUCUCUCUGUUAAUCGGGAACAUGAGCAGAAAUUGAUUUCAGCAUUUCCUUAAUCUCCGGAACAAAUACACUAAACUGGCCAAAGUAAGGAGCAAAUGUGUUCAAAACCUAAAAAGGUCUGGAGAGCUGCAUCUAUAAAUUAGAAAUAUAUUGUCGCUGUGCUGUUUUUCUUCUCUAGAUGCCUCCUUUUUCAAUAUACACUAAAUUAUUAAAAAGUUUAGGAGAGAAGGAAAGAGUUUGAUGGAAUACUGAACUUUUUUUUACUCAGGAAAAGGUUAUUGUGUUUAUUUUAAGGUAAUCAAAUUAAAUGGACCUUUGUAAUUUUGCUUGACUGACAGCCCUCAAUAGGUUAAAAGAAAAAAA